GGCUCACUGGAGAGGCGGGGCGCCAGGCCAUCCGUGUUACAGCGGAGGGGGGUUCCUGGCGACCAUCUUUGAUGUGCAGACCGAUUGUUUUGUGAAAAGAAAGCAUUAAAACACAAAUAAAGAAGAUAUAAUAGAUUAGGGCGCCAAAGAGAAGCAAAGACUGAGGCGAACCCAUAAAAGUCAGGUAAACAUCAAAAAGUGAUAGACGGUAUGAAGAGACUAUCCUAGUCAAGAAGUCAUGGCUGAUAAGAGAAAACUGCAAGGUGAAAUAGAUCGAUGUUUGAAAAAAGUCACAGAGGGUGUAGAACAAUUUGAAGACAUUUGGCAAAAGCUCCAUAAUGCAGCCAAUGCAAACCAGAAGGAAAAAUAUGAGGCAGACCUCAAGAAAGAGAUUAAAAAAUUGCAGCGUCUUCGAGACCAGAUAAAGACAUGGGUGGCCUCCAAUGAAAUCAAAGACAAAAGGCAGCUAGUGGACAAUCGAAAACUCAUUGAAACGCAAAUGGAGCGGUUUAAAGUAGUGGAGCGGGAGACAAAGACAAAGGCCUACUCCAAAGAGGGGCUGGGCCUGGCACUGAAGGUGGACCCUGCCCAGAAGGAGAAGGAGGAGGUCGGCCAGUGGCUAACGAACACGAUAGAUACGCUAAACAUGCAGGUGGACCAGUUUGAGAGUGAGGUGGAAUCACUCUCUGUCCAAACCCGUAAAAAGAAAGGAGACAAAGAGAAGCAGGACCGGAUAGAGGAGCUGAAGCAAUUCAUUGAAAAGCACAGGUACCACAUCUGCAGGCUGGAGACCAUUCUGCGCAUGCUGGACAACGACUCUGUGCAGGUGGAUUUGAUCCGCAAGAUCAAGGACGAUGUGGAGUACUACCUCGACUCCUCCCAGGACCCAGACUUUGAGGAGAAUGAGUUCCUCUACGAUGACCUAGACCUGGAGGACAUCCCCCCACCGCUGGUGGGCAACUCUCAAAUGGAGGAUGAGAUCUUCCCCCACUCUGGGAGCACACCCAACUCCACCACCUCCUCCUCUCCCAUACCUCCCUCUGCUCCGUGCACUGCGGAGAAUUCUGAAGAUGAUAAGAAAAGGGGACGGUCCACAGACAGUGAAGUCAGUCAGUCUCCUGUAAAGAAUGGCAAUCCCUCAUCGUCACUGUCUUCAUCCUCCUCUUCCUCCUCUGGGACUUCGUCCUCUUCGCUCGUCUCCAUGGCGACAGUUGCAGGGGGUGGUGGUGGCAACAGUCUCCUUGGCAGCUUGGGGGGUCUCCUCCCCAGUCCUGGCAGCUUCAGCACAGCAAUCCAGCAGCAGCAGCAGUCUCAGCCACAGAGCCAGCAGCAGCAACCCCAGCCUAAAAACUCUCCCAGCUCUGCCCUUCCCUCCAACAGCAACCCCAGUCCAGCAAACGUCCUCCUCCCCACACCUGCUGCCUCUUCUCCUCCCAGCUCCAGUACACCGGCUUCGGUAUCCCAGAAUUCUCAGCCCCAGACCCCCUCAGGGCAGUCCUCAGCCUCCAGCCUGGGCCUGGGGCAGGGCCUGGGUUUGGGCAAAGGCAUGGUUACUGGAACGAGCGGUGUCAACCAGAUGUCUAGCUUGGGUCUGUCUGGGAUGCCGGCAUCCCUCAGCACCAUGGCUGGCCUCCUUUCAGGCUCCACCCCCGCCCCGUACGCACAGGCAGCUGCUUCAGGUGGGGUGGGCAGUGGAGUGGGAGCGUCGGCCGUGGGUAAUAACAGUAAUGCAAUAUCCAGCGCUGCUAUAACGAGUGGCAAUAAUAACGGAAGCGGGACAUCUACGGGUUUGUUGGGCACCAGUCCCGGACUUGGCGGAGUCGGUGGUGGGAUUUUGGGGCUAAGCACAGGUCAGGCCGUCAUCCAGGGACAACCUCAGGUGGCUCUCAGUCCAGUGGGCAUGCCGCCGGGCGCUGCAGUUGGGGUUAUGGGAGGCAGUGCUGGAAACACCGGGGCAGGCGGAGGAUUAGGAGGUGGGAGCGGUGCCCUGGUCAGACCUCCCAGUGGACAGAAGCAGAAUGGCAGCACUAGUUACAGUGCGGUAGUUGCAGACAGCGCGCCUGAUUCCACCCUCACCAUUGCCAGCCAAUCACAAAACAGCCAGCUCUCUUCCUUGGUCCCUGCUGCCAAUCCUCCUAAGGACAACGGCCCCAGCCUCCUGGGUUCCAUCACACUGCCUCCCAGCUCCCCCUCCCCCUCGUACAGCGAAGGCAAGCCGGGCAGCGGGAGCCUGAUGAACGGGCCUCUCUCCUACACGCAGGCCUCCGACAGCAUGAAGCUCGCCACAGACCUCCGUCAGAUACUGAUGGAAUCGAGGGCUGGACCACAGCUAGGAGAGCAGCCUGGACCCAGUGCAGCAUCCACAAACACACGAAAGAGAAAACAGUGUCAGGCCCCUGAGCCCCUGAGCUCUCUGAAGUCCAUGGCAGAGAGGGCAGCACUGGGCUCAGGUCUGGAAGGAGAGAUUCCUGCCCUACACCUCACAGAAAGAGACAUCUUCUCUGGAUCGACAGCCCCACCAGGGCCUCCAGCAGCCCCCCAGCCUUCCGUAUCCGAGGUCAGCAUCCCGCCCUCACUGGGCGUGUGUCCUCUUGGGCCCGUGCCCCUGUCCAAAGACCAGCUCUACCAGCAGGCCAUGCAGGAGUCGGCCUGGACGCACAUGCCCCACCCCUCUGACUCGGAGAGGAUCAGGCAGUACCUGAUGAGAAAUCCGUGUCCCACCUUACCUUUCCAUCACCAGGUGCCCCCUCCUCACUCUGAUUCUGUGGAGUUCUACCAGAGGCUGUCCACAGAGACCCUCUUCUUUAUAUUCUACUACCUGGAGGGCACGAAGGCGCAGUAUUUGGCAGCUAAAGCCUUGAAGAAGCAGUCAUGGCGGUUCCACACAAAGUACAUGAUGUGGUUCCAGAGGCACGAGGAGCCUAAAACCAUCACAGAUGAGUUUGAGCAGGGAACCUACAUUUACUUUGACUAUGAGAAAUGGGGCCAGAGGAAGAAGGAAGGAUUCACGUUUGAGUACAGGUACCUCGAAGACCGGGAUCUACAGUGAUGGACUGAUGGAGACUGUAAUGGGGGGGAAAGGUGGAUGAUGUACCACUGUCAACAUUCCUGGGCUGAACUAAACACAUUAGAAAGACGCGGAGGCGAUUCAAAGAUACAGAUAUUUUCCCAGAUAUGGGGGGGUGGGGGUGGGAGGAGGGGAAUUCAUGUUUUUUGUUUGGUUCCUUUCCCUGGAGUGUUGCCCCUGUGUAAUUUAUCGUUUUCACUGAAGCUCUCUAUUACUUCAUUUGAAGUGCAGGCCUUCGGUGAAAACUCCCAAAUUCAAUUUUAAAGUUGGUUAAAAAAGAAGCAGUUCUGUGGAACUUUAAGUCUCCAGGUUACUUGAACCGUAAAAUUGUGAGCAGAGCACGCAGUUGGACAGCAUAGAACCUAACUAAUGGAUCUGGUGAAGCAUGUGAAAAGCUCAAUCACGUGAAAACCACAGAAAAUUCUGGGACCAGAAAAUUUCAUGUCCAUUUGUCCCAUGGCAGGAUCUGUAGUCUGCAUCCUGUGAAAUGCAGUGUUUCUCUAGAUUGUGUUUUGGGCAGCAUUUGUAGACAAAGUGUAAUAAACGCACCCUAUUCAAAAUGUUCUGCAUUGCAGCACCUUGUACAAGGUCGAGUUUGCGUCUUUGUCAGACUAGAUGUGGAUCGGCAAAUUCGUUCCCAUCUCAAACAGUUCCAAUCGCCGUCUUCUGCUGUAGAUCACCACAAGAAAGGGCCAGUACUGGUACUGAAACAUUUUGUUUGUUUGGGUAUUUUUGCAAGCAGGAAAGAAAUUACCUUAAUGAGUUAUGUUGACAAUGCAUGUGUGUGAUGCCACCUGACAAAUAGAAAUGGCCUAAAUCAGUAAUUUGCACUUCCAAACAAAUUAUUUCAACUAAGUAUCAAUUGUUUUACUCUCAGAUAAUGUCAUAAUAGUUUUUGUGAGGCUUUUAUUUUGUGGAAGCAUUGCCUUUGUUCAAGGCCAUUUUCAGAGGAAUGUGCAGUGUCCCAUAUCUGGGAAUAAAUUCUAUUUUCUUCUGAACUUUGCAGUAAAGGAAUCAAAAUUACUCCCACAAAAUGGCACUUACACCAUCAGUGUUUUCAUUUAAAUAAGAUUUUUUUGAAACCUUUUUCUUUGCUGGACCAGAGUGCAGUCUUGAGUGACACUAUUUUAAUGUAGUGCUCCAGAUAGAAAAAUGAAAACUGACCUUUUAGCUUUUUUUUUUUGGAAAAAUUUGCAAUGACGUUUUUCAAAUACAAAGAAUCAUUUGGUGGGAGUGUGUUUUUUUUUACCGUUUACCUUUGCUGGGAGGAAUGGGUAAGGCAGGUGACAUUGAAAGCUGCAAUGUGAAUCCCUCCCUAAAUGGACUCAUCCUUUGUUGUCAACAGGACAGCAUGACAAAUAACUACUGGGGUUGCAAGGAAAGCAAGACUGAGAAAAGGAUUGUAAAAAUAUUAAAAUUACUUUUCAGAAA